CUCACAUGCCACUUGUAAUUGUCCUUGUCUUUCCAAGAUUCCAUGUCGAACCUAAAGACGGUGGUGGACCGUCUCAGGAGUGAAAAGGUCAAGGAAAGGCAGGAAGGGAUAGCAGCGCUACGCUCCACUUUUGCUCGCGAAGACGCGGUCUACAGCAUCGAGGAUGGACGCGGCUGGUUGGUGUUGUACCAGGCUCUGUUCACCACGGUCAAAGUCGAAAAGUUAGACACGGCCAAAAAGGCGGGGAAGGCGGGGACGGCGGCCGCUGCCGCGGUCCGAUGGCUUGUCGAAAGGAGCGUACGGUGCCUCAGCAAGAGGGCACUAACGCCGCUUCUCGAACACCUCACGCAAAUGCUCGUACAUCGUCAUGAAUUGUUCUCGCCGAUAGCCUUGGACUAUCUCAAGACGAUCAGGGUACUGCUCUCGUGGACACCUCACAUGGACCAUGUCAACUUGGAAACCUGGCUGAAACUAGUGGAGAUCUGCUUCAACGUCGUCCUGAACGAACCGAUGGACAAGGAGCUUGUGCCUUCUGAAGAAGACAAUUCGUCUGGGGAGAAUUCAAUGUAUCAAAGUGACAGUAACGACGAUGAUGCAGGUAGUUCGUCUACUCCAGCCCAAACACGAAAGAGGCAUCUCGCAGAGCGUGCCACGCCAGGUUCAACUGACAGCUCGCAUCGUUUCCGGCGGUCUGCACGACGUACCGUUUCCCUCGAGCAAGUCGAAUGUACGGCUCUCCUCGCACUUCUCUUCCGUCAUCCUGCCGCACCGUUCCUGGCCACAGUUGACAGGAGUGACCCCGACAGGAAAGGAAACCUCAUACCGGUACUCAUCGCGUCCGCCUUAUUCAAACGCAUGAAACGAUUCUUGGAAUGUUACCCCACCGACACAUCGCUCCAUCACGACUAUCUUCUUGCUCUACGAUCAUUUCUCUCCCAAGUAUCCCUUAAUUGCAAAGACGAGGUUGACGACUUGGCCCGCUCUUCGUGGGAUGCAUUGGUAGGCAAACAACUCAAGGAAAGUCUCGUUGGGAUUUUUCGGAUCUUGUUCCCCUUCAUUACUGUAGCCCAAAGCGCACCAUCAUAUGGAUGGGCAGAUGCAGUCCAGAACCUCCUGGUCCUUCUAAAUGGAGAAGCAGAGAGCAAGUGGGGCGUAGACGGCCUUUUUAUCGAUUCGCUCAGGUUGGAUGUUUCUCCUGCCGAAGUCGGCGCUGGAGAGAUUUUUGUCUCGCAUACAUUCAGAGCUGGCUGGAACUUCGAUACCAACCAAGCUCUAGCUUGGACUCUAUUAGAGCUUCAAGCAGACUGCAUCGAGAAGUUAUUUAAACACUCAGAGUCAGUCCAUGUUGGUACACCAUCAUUCUCGUCCACCACAAAGCGGAUGAAACGGGAAGACCCAAUAUGUGCCUUGCUGCAGUCGAUACGAUCUACGUCUACAACUAACGUUCGCGUUUACAAUUUACAAAUUCUACUCUUCCUUAUCGAUCGGCACUGGGCCGAGUUCCACAACGCACUCCAGAAUGAUAUCAUCAAUGUACUUCUGCAAUUGAUCUCAGUUGACGACGUGUCGAUUCAGUCUUGGAUCUUUCUGUCUCUUGCAGCCGUCGCACGCUGGGACGGCGAGGACGGUGUCUGCCAUUCGGGAACUGUUUCUGCUACUGCUGUCCGCACUGACCGGCGCGGUCCUACGACCUGGGAUCCAAUCUGGACACAUGCCGUGCGUCGUGCUAACGUGCCCGUGGUCUGUAGGGCAGCGUUCGGGCAUGCGAAGCACCUUCUUACGUCACACCGAGUUCUCGCUGAGAUCGAGACAUUCGCAAAAGAUCUCGACCUUCAAGGCCCCAACUUUCCUUAUGAUGCCGUCUGCAUGUUUUUGGCACAGUGUUUGCGCGUAGCAAGUCAGGAUGUCCGGUUAUAUCGCAUGCAACUGGAGGAGAAGGUUUUGAGCUGGCUACUGGAUAACUGGGCGAUAGGGGUUGUGACCAGCAAUGUUAGCGGGAAAGCCCGUCUACCACCGCAUACGAUCAAUGAUUUUCUCAAUUUGUUGGGCAGCAUAUGCGGUUACAGGCAGCACACAGAUCUGAUCUGUGCCUCGCCGCUGCCGGACUGCGAAAUUGCGGAGGUUAUGGAAGAACAACGCAAGACUAAAAUCAUCCGGGAUUACUUGCUAUUUGCUAAACUUCCUCAAGUUCCCCAUUGUAAGGGCACGGUUGAGGAUGUGGCUUUGGUUUCCUCGGAUGAGUUGCUUUCCUCGAGGUUGGAUCAAGAACCUGUUUCCCCCCGUGGACGUGAACGGCGUGUUUCCAUCUUUCUGCACAAAGCCAUAGAAUCUUUGGUGGUGGGAUGGGAAGUUGCUAAGGUUAAUAAUUUUACUCAUGCUGCCGCCGAGGAGAUCCGACAGUCACUUGACGUUGCCAUCACUGCUAUCAUCUUUGACUCGUUGCAAGCUUCAAACGGAACACGGAGCAAUCGUCGGGUUGUACAGUUGGCGGGGAAAGUUGUAGUGCUUCUCGCGCCUCUUUUAACUGACUCUCGAUGGACCGCUGAAGAAAGACUCCUCAUUUUGAAGGCGUUUGAUCCGCUUAUUCUUGACGGUGAUUCAGGAAAUGACGAAGAGUGGGAGGCGAUGGUUGUUCCAAGCGUCGACUCUGGGAUUAGAUCGCAUAUUUUAAAUGCUCUCAGAGCACGCCUGUCUUGUGAUGUGCGAUCCCGUGUGCAGCGCCGGAGUCUCCAGCGCAUGAUUUGGAGAAACGCAGACAUCCAAGAUGAUUUUGCGGUCGUAUUUCAAAGCCUCAACCAGUUGCUUUGUGUCCUUAUAGACCAAGUACCCCACGACGAGGACUCGAACGCUGAUGAAGAAGGGGAUCGUUUUGAACCAAUCAGGACUGCUCGUGCCGCUAUGCCGGCGGAUGAUGGUUUGCAGGAUCACUCCUUGGCCGUUCGGCGCUUGGUGGAGAUAUGCGUUAUUUUCCUUUCCGUCGUUCCUGCGCUGCAAAAUCCAGUGGGUGAAGUGACCCACAACAAGGAACUCGUUAAAGUGAUGACCGACUGUUCUGAAGAGAAGUUACUGGUUCUAGGGCCUCCCCUGUUGACGGUCGUAUGCAAGAGGUUACUAAACCUCAAUGCCCAUAUCUUGGAUACCCUAUUGGGCAAAUGCGCUGAUCUCCUGCAGCGUUAUUCCCAUGCCUUCAAUGCACAGUUCCAUCUCCUAGUCACUGACCUGCUGAAAUGUACCAUGCACAUCUGGUUGGAGAAGAAGGUCGCCGGUUCUGCAUUGGGUGACCACGUUCUGGAUCUUUGUGCUUGGAUUUCAGGCAUCGCGAGGAAGAAAGUAACAUUCUGGAAGGUCCGUGAUUUGGUCGUCCAGUUCACGGCAAUGCUGCUCGCGGAGGAUCCUUCUCAGUCAUUCUGGCCUGCGGAAGAUGGGGAAGAAUCUGUCAGUCGACCGUUGCACAUUUUGUUGGCAUUGAAUGCCGAUGAGGAUAUUCGGACGGCUAACUUAUUUGCCCUGCGCGAGGAUGAUGGUACUCGGGACUUUGGGAACCUUGACUCGUUUUAUACCAGCGUUCAUGAGUCGCUCCCCAGGGAUCUUGCCAAACGCGAGUACAUGUUCACAAGGUCCCUGUGUUUGGGGAACAUUAUGAUCGCUAGUUCAUACGUGCGUCGCGGUCCGUACUGGCACCUUCUAGAAGUCGCUUUCCAUAGCCCUAGUUAUGCACGUCACAUCCAAGUCGUACUCAACGGUGUAUCCAUGAGGCUUGGAUUGUCCGACUCGCACGAACUCUUCGAGGCUUAUGCAUCUCAGAUUGCGUUCUCUAUACGACAAAACUUCUACGACGUCUUGCGCCUACCCCCCAGUCUACUGGGCUAUGACAACAGAAGAGCUUGUGCAGAAGCAGCGUUUCGCUUAUGUACGCCUGCGAACCUGAUGGUGGACGGCGGUUCAGAUGCUGUGGCCCAUGGACGGACGCUGUUCAAUAACCAUUGCACUGCUAUUCAAAAGACAGUUCACGAAGGCCUCCUCACGUGCGUCGGAGACCUUAUAGGCCUGCAACUCGUUUGUUUCAUGGAUCGUCCUCUGGGGAAUAGUGGCUCUGUAACGCAACAGCUACGAGAGGUCCUUACGUCAAUUGGCUUGAACUUCCCAUCUCAGGAAGCCUUCGUGGAAUGCGUGAGAGAGAACGUUGCGGGCAUUGCUGUCGCUAUCGUUCGCUCACUCGGCGACCAAGACUUUUCGGAACGGGGUGCCAUAGUCACUGCACUUCGUAAAGUCACCUCCACUGAUACCACGGGUACAUUUUUAUCUCUCAACCAGUAUCGCCAAAUAGGCGAUUUCAGGUACCAUCCCCCGAACCUUCCCCGUUUCGGCACUGGCACGGUCCUGCGAGCCUUGCAGUGGUGCAUAUCGUCUUCAAAGCGGGAGGAUGCGGCCGCCAUAUCUUUCCACGUUCUCCACCAGCUCUUUUCUGAGUUGCAUUUGACCCCGUUCGUGAAUGAACAGCAUCGCUUACUCAAUGGGAUCGCCCUGUUGGUGUCGGUUCGUCAUUGUGACUUCGGUGACCCGACGCUCUUGCACACGUUUGUUCAGAAGUCGAGUCUUCUGCUCGCGCAAUCCGACUUAAUUACAGCUGGCCAGUCCUUCCUUGAGUGGGGCUUCUCUAUCUUUCGGAAAACACACCAGGUUGACCAAAGACUGCCUAAUAUUCUCGCUCAUGUUUGUGCGUUGGUUGGUGAUCUCCAGUCUGCUUCGACGUCGGCGUCGGCAACGGCUGGAAAACUUCGUAGUUGGCUCGAUGAGCAGGCGCUAUCGCUAUCUCAGGACCAGAAGAUCAGGCCCAUCGUUCUCAAAGCCCUACCAGUGUGGUCUCAUGAGCCUUCUUCGGAGCUCUCAGCACUAGUUGAAGACCUCAGUGCUGACGACCUUUCAGCCACCCUUAGUGAUCACCGCAUCACCUCUAAUAAAUUCCGGCUUUGCGGAUUUUCCACUAGUGAUUUUUGGCGACUAAAGGACAACAUUCCGCCCAAAGGACGGCUGUCCCGUGGCGAUAUUGAUGCUUUCGCGUCCUUGCUUAUUGCCAAUGCUGGCAACAUCUAUAGCUUUAGAAGUGAGCCUGCGUUCCCGCAGACCCUCCGGGCCAGACAUUGCAGGGGUACGAAACGUCAAGAGGAUGAGAAGACAGAACCUGCACCACAGCAUGCUAUCUUGCAAACCUUACUUGCGAUGUUGGACGAUGGCGAUCCAUCAGAAGUAAACUUGGUUUACCUCGCCCUGAGGUCCCUGAUAUCUGUUGCAUCUCCUGGUAUUCUUUCGUUUCAACUCUGGCCUACUGAAUAUCGCACACCAAUUGAAUACUUCCAACGUUUUCCCGUACCGCCGUCCAACGCCCGGCAAGCUCGUACCAUUGAUCAGUUGGACGCCAUAUGGCCACAGAACGCCGACUUUCCUCAGUGGAUAUGCUCUGUGACUACCUUGUUGGCUGAUAUCCUCGCAUCCAAGGAUAAUUUCUAUGCUCAGCUAGUUCCGCUAUUGCAAAGGAACACCCUUUUCGCCGAGGAGGUCCUUCCUGUUCUCGUCCACACAUUACUUCAGGCGGAAAGAGCUCGAGCUAUUGAGGUUUCUGCCAGGAAGGGGCUAUCGGACUAUUUCACGAAUGUCCUCCGGACUGAGGAAGUCAAUCGCCUUUGCUUGCGUGCCAUCGUCGAUGUCAUCCUUCAUUUGCGUAAUUUCGAACCUUCCAACUCCACAGACCAAUUAGCGCAUGAUAAAUGGCUCGACGUCGAUUUCCAUCUUCUUGCUAGGAGCGCCGUCACUUGCGGUUCAUACACUACUGCGCUGUUAUUCUUAGAACUGGCGUGCGAGUACCAGCAGCUCAACAUGGAUGCCACUGGAGGCGUCGAGCACUUGCUCUUCGAUAUAUACAGUCACAUAGACGAACCCGAUGGCUUCUACGGCAUCAAAACCACGGACCUCCGCCAUUUCCUGAUCAAAAGAUUCCACCACGAAAAGCAAUGGGAGAAAGCAUUUCGUUUCCACGGCGCUGCCCUUGAAGCUGAUAAUCACGGGUCGAUCGACGCAGAUGGUCUACUACAGUCGUUCCAUGCUUUUGGAUUUGACCAUCUUGCGCUCCGUGCUCUCCAAAGUUCUCAGGGUGGCAUUGAUUCUGAUGUGGGGUCUUCGACUAUGUCGUAUCAGCUUGGGUGGCGAACGGAGACUUGGGACCUCCCUGAUAGUGGACAACAGCAUUCCAGCACUACAUUGUACCGUGCUCUGAGAGCCGUUCACCGUGAAAGAAACCAUAAGGUGGUUGACGCCACAAUCAAUCAAGCGCUUUGUGACAUGAUGGAGCGCCUGCUUACCCUCGGUAACGAGGAUAUCACAGAGAUCCGCGAAGUUGGCCGAAACUUCAUGUGCCUUAGCCAGAUAACCCGGUGGAGAAGCGGUAAGCUCCAGGAAUACCUCGAUUCCAAAACUUCGGAUGCGCGAGCAUUCUCUCAUCUGGUAGACAUCGAUCCGGAUUUCGAAUUUUUGGAUCUUGAACGAAUACUCGCCACGAGGCUUUCUUUGGUUCGCUCGGUAAGGCAAAAGGAAGAGCGGGAACAAAUUGGGGAGCUUAUCAGUCCGUUCACUCGGACUCUCAUCGAUGUGGAAAAGCGCUGCCUUGUCCGACUUUCUGUAGCUGCUAGGAAAUCCAAUCAGCUCCAGGUCGCAUUAAACUCAAUCAUGAAGGCCCAGCAACUAGAAAAGACCCCCUCCUACGAGAUUUCGCAGGAAUUUGCCAAUGUUCUGUGGUUACAGAGAGAGCAGAAACUCGCUGUCCAAUUCCUGAAGGAUCUUCUCAGCCAGAAAAAGGCAGAGCCUGGUUCUAAACCUACAAUUGAGGAAGCGAUGACCAUGGCUCGUCUUGGCUCUUGGAUCUCGGAGGCAUGUAUGGAGAAACCGACGGACAUCAAGCAGAACUUAUUUGACGCGGCUGUUCAGGUCGCAGCCUGUGCAGAAAAACGGAUGCCAACACGCAGCGACUCAUGCGCGAGUAUUUACCACAAGUGCGCUCAAUUCGCUGAGCGUCAGUACCAUGCCAUUCUCAAGUCACCCGAUGGCGUGCGAUGGAAGGUUUAUGUGGAUAGAAAAAGACAGGAGAUCAAGCAGAUGGAGACUCAGCUCCGGGGAACACAAAUGAGUAGUCAUGAUUAUGGUGUUCUCGUCCACGAACAGACAAAAGCACGAGCACUCCUGGCAGAGGAUGAAGAUGCAUACGAACGGCACAACGGAGCUCUGGUAACAUUCCUCGAGUCAGCUAUUGACAUGUAUUCACGCUGCCUGGCUGCGUCCGAUGGAUUCGACGACGAUGUCCCAAUCCGCUUCAGCUCCCUUUGGUUCGCCAGUUUCGAUGACGAACGCUUACAGAAAGGGAUAAUGGCUGCAGUAGAUCGCAUUCCCUCAAGAAAAUUUGUGUUCCUAUCCCACCAAUUAUCUGCUCGCAUAUCACGUCCUAUACAUGGCGAAAUGCCGAAAAGCCAACAGAUUCUGCAGCGUUUGGUCCUCCGCAUGUGCCAAGAGCACCCCUUCCAUAGUCUCUAUCAGGUGUAUUGCAUACGUCCAGAAGGCUCCGUUCAGUCCGGGAGUAUGAGGAGAACAUCCUCACGACUAGAGUCUCCCACCUCCCAAACUGAUCGAGGAUUGGCUGCUUCCCACAUCUUCGAUGUCCUUCUCGCUGAUCCCAACCACUCUGCGAGAACCAAAGCUAUUGAACAAGUCUGUAAUGCAUCCUUGCAGUGGGCCAAAUAUCCCAUCAAGGAGCUCACGGGUAAGAAGACCAACAUCAUUCUCAAUGUUCCUGAAGGCCUGCUCAUCCGUCAACUCCGCAACAUUCAUGUCCCUGUAUUAACGUCUCACCCGCCCAUUGAUCCUACACUUAGGUACGACAAUUGUGUCUGGAUUAGCCACUACGACAAAACUUUCCAACCCGCCGGCGGAGUUAACAUGCCGAAAAUUAAUACAUGUUACGGUACUGACGGACAGAGAUUCAAACAGUUGUUCAAGGGGGAAGGAAACGACGACCUUCGCCAAGAUGCUGUCAUGGAGCAAGUUUUUGACCUGGUUAAUACCGUUCUGCGACAUGACAGGGAGACAAAACGCCGGGACCUGAAAGUACGGGGGUACACGGUUUUGCCUUUGGCACCUCAAGCUGGCGUCAUAGAGUUUGUGGGCAAUACCAGCCCCCUUGCUUCUUGGCUGCAACCUGCACAUAAAAGGUAUCGACCGAAUGACAUGGAUCACCAUCAGGCCACGCGGUAUCUCAGUCAGACGCGAGAGAAGUACAAAGGAAAGACAGAAGCCUUAGUGGCAGCCUUCAGUGAGAUUUGUCGACGCAUACAGCCUGUCAUGAGACAUUACUUCCCUGAGAAAUCCAAAACUCCUAUUGCAUGGUUCGCAAUGCGGCUCAACUACACGCGAAGUGUGGCAACCACUUCUAUCGUGGGACACGUAUUGGGUCUGGGAGAUCGACACAUCUCAAACAUUUUGUUAGACAACAGAUCUGGAGAAGUUGUCCACAUCGAUCUUGGUAUAGCCUUCGACCAGGGAAAGCGUUUGCCUGUCCCAGAACGCGUUCCGUUUCGCAUGACCCGUGACAUGGUGGAUGGUAUGGGUUAUUCUGGGACGCAAGGAGUCUUCCAGCGCUGUGCAGAGGAGACCCUCCGCGUACUUCGUGAGCAGUCAGACGUCGUCAUGACCGUCCUCGAAGUCUUCAAGCACGAUCCCCUGCAUUCAUGGACCGCGAGCGAACUCAAAUUGAAGAAGAUUCAAGAGAGCGCAGUGGGACCUCCGCAGCAACUCAAUCCCCUUGCGGAGCGACCCGACUUCGAUAUGAAGAGUGGGUCGGCGGAGGCUGCAGAACGUGCUCUGGGUUCAGUUGCACGCAAACUUGACAAGUCGCUUAGCGUAGAGUGUACCGUCAACGAGCUUAUCGCGGAGGCCACAGACGUUGUGAACUUGGCGACUAUUUAUUAUGGCUGGAGUCCGGACUUGUAGGGUUCUCUCUAUCCAGUAGCAACUAGCAUUUUGUCAUGAUACAGGAUUCAGUUUCCUUCCGCGUUGCACUUCCUGCACUUCCUUUUUUUUCCCCACCAUCAGUGGGUACAAUAUAUCAUAGCAAACCCUCAGCGGAUCGAUUACGAACAAAUCCAUCCGCUAUUACCUGUGAUGACCCGCAUUGCCAUGUAGCCCAUACACUUCCAUAACAUUGACUGUCCACGAUUUGAAUGCUUACGGUUGGCCUGUGCUGCCG